UCCAGUUAGUAUUUCACCAGGUUCUUAUCGUUUUAUUUACAUUUUUUCAUUCUGCUCAGUUUGUUGUUGGAAAUUCCCACUUUCCAUUCACCCCUUGUACUUUCUCAGAUUCCUAUAUAUUGUUGGUUCAACGGAUUUGUUGGAUACCGCUAAAGUUAUUGAAGGUGAGAUGUCUCAGUUGGAGGAAGCCAGAAAGUUUCAUCUUUCUCUAUAUGCUCAGGGUCAUCAAGAUCAUAUUUAAAGUAGCGAAAAAGAUAUAUGCAACUCAAUAGACAUGGUCCCAACAUCCAAAUUCGAAGUCCAGAAUUCAUCAUCAGAAACUUCAAAGAAUGAGCUCUUACGUGCUAUGGAAUCAAGACUUAUAGCGUUAAGAAGUGAGUUAGUUGCAGCUUUUAACCAGGCGGUUGGAGAAACCUGCUCCUACAAAGAAAUCUCUCAUCUGGCAAAUUUUUCUGAAAACUUUGGGGCAAAUGAUGUAAAGAAUUUUUUGUGCAUGUUUCUAGAGCCGAGCCAAAAGCACCAAAUUGCAGAUCCCCCAGAUGAUAAAAUGUCUUCAUCUGCUCGUGCUUCAGUUAAUGGCAGCAUAAACAAGACUGAUGGAAGUAAACAAAUAUCAAAGCUAGUAAGUUCAGAAGCACCGGUUAAAUACGGUGUUUCACUAGCAAAAGUUGCCCAGGUUGAGCGUCAGACCUCAACAGAAAGUGAGGAAUCUUCUGACUCAUGUGACGAGAAUCAAAUGUCUGCAGAAAGAAGUCGAACUCUUAUAAGAUCUGCAACGCCUAGACGGUCAGCAUCUCCUAUGCGAAGGGUUCAAAUAGGGAGGAGUGGCUCUCGUAGAGCCCCUGCUCUGACCAUAAAGAGCCUUAGUUACUUUCCUGCUAGAGAAAAGAUAUUGUCUCAAAGAGAUGUAGCUUCAGAUGAUAGCGAAGAGGAAGGAUCUGAACACAUUAAGAAACCUGAGAAUAAUGUUCGGCGUAUGAGUGUUCAAGAUGCAAUAAAUCUUUUUGAAAGUAAACAAAGGGAUCAGAUUACUGAUGUUCCAAAAAAGAACUCAUUAACAAAUAUCUCUCUUGGUCCUAGUAAGUCUGUAUUGAGAAGAUGGAGUACAGGUAUGGGCGAAUCCUCCUCCAAAUGCCAAUCACAGAAUGCUUCUGAAUAUCCUGUUGCAGAGCCUCCUGAUAAUGUCAUUGAUAGUGAUAUCAUACAGAGGUCAGCAGAAGUUAAUUUGGAAUCUGCUACUAGGACCGGAGCAGAAAACAUCAAUGAGACUGCUGAUCUGAAGUUAGAAAGGCUGGAAGAGAGCUCAUGUACUCCAAUAGAUGUUCAAGACGUAACAGAUAUAAUCCAUGAAGAGGAAGCUAACGAGAAGUCAAAAGGCUCAGCUGAAUGGAGUCGACAGAAGGAAGUGGAGUUGAACCAAAUGUUCAAAAAAGUGAUGGAAAAGCAGCCUGAUAGCUGUUGGAAGCCUCAAACGAAAGUCAGAAAAAAUCUGCCUCCAGAGCAGAGAGGUGGAUUUUUUUACUAUUACAAGGAGACGAGGGAUGAAAAACUUAGAGGAGAGAAUACUGGAAAGCGUGCUGAAAAAGAAGCAAAAUUUAGAGCAAUGCAGAAAAUUCUUGAAGAAAGGAAAGCAGAAAUGGCUUCCACAACCGUGAAUAAUUUUUGUAAAAAGGAUCCUCCGGCGAAAACCCAAAAAUCUGUUAAGAAUUCCCAAAAGUUGCUAAAGAAUCCUUCUCAGCCUGCUAAUAAAAGGAAGGAAACCACAAAACCUUCAACUGCAAAGAAGGUUUCAUCGAGAACAUCCCCCUUGCCUGCUACUCGUAAGUCAUGGCCUUCAACACCAUCUCCGAGAACAACAGGAACAUCACCAGCUAAAACUUCCGGUGGAAUCUCUUCUGCUGGCACUACACCAACACGGCGGAAUCCUCAGUCAGCACAAUCAGUACCUCGACCAAGUUCUAAAGUGGAAAGUUCCCAGCCACACCGAAGAAAUGUGAAGGCAACCCAGACUGAUAAACGAGGUUUAGUGGGUGUGAAUGAGAAGCAGCAAAAAAAUUUGAUGAAAAGCAGCAAAACAACAAAGACAACAGUUGCAGCAGCUCCUGGGGACUCUUCCAGUAUGUUUCUAGCGAAGCCUAUUUUGUAUAACAAGGUGACGAAGAAAAGUAGUGUAGUUCCACUGGAAUCAAAGCCAUAUCUACGUAAAGGUUCAGGAUUUACCUCUAGUGUUGGUCUUGUUAACAAGCCCAAAAAUCCUUCUCAGUUAGAGGACUCUUUGAAAAACACUGAAAUUUCUAAUGAUCCUCAAGAGAGUGAUGUGAUUGUUAAUGCUUCUGUCUUGGUGAAUGAGCAUCAGGAUCAGGAUGUUUCAUCACAGGAUCAUUGUGAUGAAGCUAUUCAGUCAGAAACACAACUAAAUGGCCAUCAGAAAUGUGAUGUGAUUGGGAGCGUUGAUGAACUUGCUCCUGACUUUGAUGAUGGCUUAAAAAAUAUUCCCGGUUCUUUCCAACGCGACGAAGAAUCAGCCAUCUCACCAACUGCUUGGGUGGAAAUAGAAGAGCAUCAGGACCUGCCUAACCAAUGUGAUGAGAAAACAGGUGAAAUUAAAUCUUCAACCAGCAUUGCACCUGUUGGAUCGGCAAGUCCACGUGUCCGUCACUCUCUGUCACAGAUGCUGCAAGAAGAAAGUAGUGAGGGCGAUACUACUGAAUGGGGAAAUGCUGAAAAUCCGCCUGCAAUGGUCAAUCAGAAAGAUGCACCCAAGGGAUUGAAGAGACUGUUGAAGUUUGCUCGGAAGAGUAAGGGGAAUGCAAAUAUAACUGGUUGGUCUAGCCCAUCAGUCUUUUCUGAAGGAGAGGAUGAUGCAGAAGAAUCAAAAGUUAUUAAUAAGAGAAAUUCUGAUAAUCUACUGCGAAAGGCUGCCCUUCAUGCAAAGAAAUAUGAGCAACAAAAGUCAUUGUUGACUGAUGGCUAUGAAAAUCAUUUGGAUUUUCAUGAGCUUCCAUCUGCUCAAUCAGGCAUUAGCACGUUUGAUGCCCACAAAUUGCACAAGGGCAGUGUCUCAGCUGCUGCCUCCACUACUAAAGGAACAAGGUCAUUCUUCUCCCUUUCAGCAUUUAGGGGUAGUAAACCAAGUGAGACAAAGCUUCGCUAAGACUAGGAUCAUUUAUAAAAUUCGAGGUUAUUGACGUUUGCUCUCUCCCAGUCCUAGGCGAACUAAACUUUGUUGGAGCCAAAAUUUCCUCUGCCUUUCUCUUACCAUUUUUUGGGUGUUUCUUUUGCAUGUCAGCAAUCGUGGAUCUUCUCUAGGCUUGUCUUUUGUGUAGGUGGAGUGUUCAAUUAUACAGUACGUUGCAGUAUUAGGAUUUCCAUCCUGCUAAACAUAUUGUUAUAUGUGAACCACUAUGUUGAGGACAUAAAACAAUGAUGAAUUAAUUGAUUUUCCUUUUAUGAGCACACAUUAUAACAAAAUUCAAAAAUUUCAAGCCUUGCACUGUGGAGUCCACAGACAGCAAGCUCUCAUCUAGAUUCUUAUUUCACUACAUGGAAGCUUUGGAGCACUAGGGAUGUUAAGUGGGAACUGGCAAUUGUAUAGUAGGGAUGGUAAAACA